AAGAAGAACUUCCAUCUCCUCCCCUCCCCGGACUCUCUCACCGGAUCGUCGCUCAUGGAUUCCAUCGAGGCUUUGAUCGCUCACAUUCAAGCGUUUUCAGGCAGCGCAAAGGACCUUAACCAUCUCCAAAGCCUCUUGAAUCAAGCCGACGAAUCUCUUCAACCCCUGUCAUCUCGAUUGGCUCCUUUCCUAGAGCAGCUCGAUCCUUCCACCCAUUCCUUAGGCUAUCUCUAUCUUCUAGAGGCGCGCACUUCUGGUCAGAUCUUGAGAGAACAAGCUAGUGAUAUCAUUCUAACUGUUGCCAAAUUCAUCAAUUCCUGCUCAGCCGAACAGAUACAUUUGGCACCAGAGAAAUUUAUCUCUGUUUGUAGAAGGUUCAAGGAGCAACUUCUGUUACUUCAAGUGCCAAUUCAAGGAAUAGCUCCCAUGAGGACGGCCAUUCGGAAACUUCGGCCUUCUUCAGAACAUUUAACUACUCUACACCCAGAUUUUCUUCUUCUUUGUCUAUUGGCAAAGUGCUACAAAGCUGGUCUGAGCAUUUUGGAUGAGGAUAUUUUCGAGGUUGAUCAGCCAAGGGACUUUUUCCUUUAUUGUUAUUAUGGGGGAAUGAUAAAUAUAGGACAAAAGCGGUUCCGGAAAGCCUUGGAAUAUCUGCACAACGCUGUUACUGCACCAAUGACAGUUUUAAAUGCUAUAGCUGUUGAAGCAUAUAAAAAAUAUGUUUUGGUUUCACUUAUUCUCACUGGGCAGGUUCCUUCUUUCCCAAAAUACACUUCUUCUGUGGCUCAGAGGAAUUUAAAAAGCAAUGCUCAGCCUUAUGUUGACUUGGCGAAUAGCUAUGGCACUGGGAAAAUGUCAGAAUUAGAGAGUUGUCUUGAGACAAACAUGGAAAAGUUCAAAACUGACAGCAAUCUUGGAUUAGUGAGGCAAGUUUUAUCAUCUCUGUACAAGCGCAAUAUCCAAAGAUUGACACAAACAUACUUGACUCUGUCACUGCAAGAUAUAGCCAACACAGUGCAACUGGAGAACUCCAAGCAGGCAGAAAUGCAUGUUCUCCAAAUGAUUCAAGACGGUGAGAUAUUUGCGACAAUCAACCAAAAGGAUGGGAUGGUUAGUUUUCAUGAGGAUCCUGAGCAAUACAAAACUUGUGAGAUGAUUGAGCAUAUUGAUGGCUCAAUUCAGAGGAUAAUGACAUUGUCAAAGAAGCUUAGCUCAAUGGACGAACUUAUCUCUUAUGAUCCCACAUACCUGGCAAAGGCUGGGCGAGAACGCUCAAGAUUCGACAUUGAUGAUUUUGAUUCCGUUCCUCAGAAAUUCAUGUAAAUGCAUUGAUCGAGGUUGCGAGUGGUUAAGUUUGAAACUGCAGCAUUGUUGGGCAUUGGGGUAUAGGCUGUUCUGGUCUUCUGUUCGGGCCUCUUGUGGGGUGGGCCGUCAGGUUUUGCUGUAUUUCUUGAGAAAAGUAGAAAAUUUCCCACUGAUUUUAUCCUAGUUACCAAAGUUGAUUUAUUUCUUCCCUCUUCAAUGAUUUGAAGAGGAAUUAUAUGAAUCCACAUCUGUGCAUCAUACAAGAGCGUUUACGAUAA